AUGAAGCUCUCUAUUGCCCUUCUCCUCGCUUCGGCCGCUUCCGCUACGGCCUUUGUUGCUCCCAUGACUCAACCCCGCACAUUGGCGCUGCGCAUGGCGGACGCGACUCCGGAAGAGACCGUCACUUCACCCGUAGAGGAAGACGUCACUCCUCCCCCACCAGCCCUUCCCAAAAUGAGCCAGUCCCUGCCCUUUAUGGAGCGACCGGCAGCACUCGACGGCACUCUAGUCGGUGACGUUGGUUUCGAUCCUUUGGGCUUUGCCAAGACCAAGGCUGACCUCAUCAAUUACCGUGAAGCCGAAGUCAAGCACGCUCGUUUGGCCAUGCUCGCCGCUGCUGGAUGGCCGCUCAGUGAACUCUUUGACGCCAAAAUUGCCAACUGGAUGGGCAUGACUCCGCUCCUAGACGCUAACGAUCGUGCUCCUAGUCUUUUGAACGGAGGACUGGGCAAGGUCAGCCCCGUGUACUGGGUAGCCUGUCUCGUCGCCGCGGCUGCCAUUGACGUAUACGGCAUUUCCAAAGCCCGCAAGAACGAACCCGAUUACUUCCCCGGCAACCUCGGUAUUGAUCCUUUUGGUCUCUUCCCCAAGGACGCGGCUGCCCAAGAGGAUAUGAAGCUCAAGGAACUCAAGAACGGACGCUUGGCCAUGAUUGCCAUUUCUGCCUUUGCCUUUCAGGAGUUCGUUUCCAAGUUUGGUGUCGUCAGCGAGACUCCCAUUUUCUUCAAGCCCAUUGGUACCGUCAUUAAGGAGUACACCAACUCGGGAUACUACAUGCCCUAG